AAGAAGCUGUUUGAAUGUGUCAUUGCGUGUAGCUCCAGCCUGAACCUGAAGUGACAGUGUCCGAUGCCAGUCGCUUGAAAACCUGCUGCCUGCAAACAGAACAGUUCUUCAGAUAUGUAGCUGACAAGCUGAAAUCCGUAUUUUAACCGUCCUUAUCGUCAUCAGCGCAUCAGAAGCGAUAAUCGAUUGAUAUUUACAUCAUCGUGCAUUUCCCUAGAGAGUGAUGACAGGUGCGUCAAGCAAUGACUGCCCACACUUGGAGUGUGUGGGGGAGAUCACCAAGGAGGAACUCAUACAGAAGUCUCAUGGUCAGUGUCAGGACUGUAAAGUCAGGGGGCCAAAUCUUUGGGCCUGUCUAGAGAAUGGCUGUUCAUAUGUUGGCUGUGGGGAGUCGCAUGCAGAUCACAGCACCGUCCACUCUCAGGAAACGAGGCACAACCUGACGGUCAAUCUGACCACCUUGAGAGUGUGGUGCUACGCUUGCACCAAGGAGGUUUUCCUAGAAAGAAAACUAGGUCCCCAUACACAGUUGCCUAGCACUGCCAAACCUGCCUCCCCAGUGCAGACCCCCAACCAGGACCCCAAAGCUCUCGGCAGCCCCACCUCUCUGAGAGUUCCUCUAGUGGGAGCCUGUGAUGACCUGGAUAUGGAGACCGAGGAGGAAGACGAACUGAGAAGCAGAGGUCUGACUGGACUGAAAAACAUCGGUAAUACCUGUUACAUGAACGCAGCACUCCAGGCGCUCUCCAACUGUCCUCCCCUGACUCAGUUUUUCCUUGACUGUGGUGGUCUGGUGAAGACAGACAAGAAGCCAGCGCUAUGCAAGAGCUAUCAGAAACUCAUCACAGACCUGUGGCACAAAAACAGGAACUCUUAUGUGGUCCCCAUAAAUGUAUUCCAGGGCAUCAAGGCUGUAAACCCAAUGUUUCGUGGUUAUUCCCAACAGGAUUCUCAGGAGUUUCUACGCUGUCUAAUGGACCAACUCCACGAGGAGCUCAAGGAGCCCAUUCCUGAACCUGAGGACCCAAACCAGCCUGUGGUCAUUGACGACAGUCCCGACGAGGACAACCAUAGCCAAUCAGAUGACUUCCAGUCCUGCGAUUCUUGCGGUAGCAGCGAUUGUGCUGAUAGUGAAGGCCCCAGAGUCCGGGAGGACAUCAAUGAAGCUGAGAUGCUGAUCCCUGAGCAGAACCAGAACAACAGAGAUUGGCAGAAAGAGAAGAACCUCAUCAAUAAUCUGUAUCGGGCUGGUUCCCAUGGUGACCUGGAUAAAGACGUGGACACAGCCAGUGAGUCAAGGCCAAUCAUCAGCAGCCAAGGAGCCAUUAAAUCUCAGGGUCGAACUGCAGACUCGAACCCUGAAAUCCAGUUCAGCAGCAGCACCAGACCUCAGAGUCCCAGUGCAAAUGAAGGGAUCACAUCUAGACUGUCCAGCAGUCCACCCAAAUCCUCCAUGUGGCCUAAUCUGAGCUCUGCUCACAAGAAAGUGUUGGCAGUGCCCUUGUUCACUCCACCAAAGAGUAAGCAGCAGAGGAAAUAUCGCAGCAUAAUCUCUGAAGUGUUUGAUGGCACCAUUGUGAGCUCUGUUCAGUGUCUGACCUGUGACAGGGUUUCGGUGACUCUGGAGAACUUCCAGGACAUUUCUCUGCCCAUCCCGGGGAAAGAGGAUCUUGCCAAGCUGCACUCUUCCUCCCAUCAGACUGCUCUGGUCAAGGCUGGUUCCUGUGGAGAAGCCUACGCCCCUCAAGGCUGGAUCGCUUUCGUCAUGGAAUAUAUCAAGAGCUGGUUCUGGGGUCCUGUGGUCAUGCUGCAGGACUGUCUUGCUGCCUUUUUUGCCAGGGACGAACUAAAAGGGGACAACAUGUACAGCUGUGAAAAAUGCAAGAAGUUACGAAAUGGAGUCAAAUUCUGCAAAGUUCAGAGUUUGCCAGAGAUUUUGUGCAUUCACCUCAAGCGUUUCAGACAUGAACUUAUGUUCUCCACCAAAAUAAGCACGCAUGUGUCCUUCCCUUUGGAAGGCCUUGAAAUGCAGCCCUUCCUAGCCAAGGACAGCUCUGCCCAGACCACCACCUACAACCUGCUGUCGGUCAUCUGUCACCAUGGCACUGCCAGCAGUGGUCACUACAUUGCCUAUUGUAGGAAUGAGCUGAACCACUUAUGGUACCAGUUUGACGACCAAAGCGUUACUGAAGUAUCUGAGUCCUGUGUUCAAAACGCUGAGGCAUAUGUGCUCUUUUACAAGAAGAGUAAUGACGAGGCUCAGAAGGAGAGGCGGAAGGUGAACGGUCUGCUUAACAUGAUGGAGCCCAGCCUCCUGCAGUUCUACAUCUCCCGCCAGUGGCUGAACAAGUUCAAAACCUUUGCCGAGCCAGGACCCAUUUCCAACAAUGACUUCCUGUGUGCCCAUGGAGGUAUUCCACCAAAUAAAGCCACAUCCAUUGAUGAUCUUGUAAUGAUGCUUCCUCAAAACGUAUGGGAUCAUCUGUAUAGCAGAUAUGGAGGUGGUCCUGCUAUCAAUCAUUUGUACGUCUGCCACACCUGCCAGACUGAGAUCGAAAAGCUGGAGAAACGACGCAAGAAUGAGCUGGACAUGUUUGUGCGGCUGAACAAGUCGUUUCAGGAGGAGGAGUCUCCUGUGGUAAUAUACUGUAUCAGCAUGCAGUGGUUCCGGGAAUGGGAGGACUUUGUCAAAGGCAAGGACAUUGACCCACCAGGGCCAAUUGAUAACUCCAAGAUUGCUGUAAAUAAAAAUGGACACAUCACAUUAAAGUCAGGUGCCGAUUCAGGGCAGAUAUCCGAGGAGACCUGGAACUUUCUCUAUUCCAUCCAUGGAGGAGGGCCGGUGGUGACUGUACGGCCCAGCAUCAGCCAUCAGGAAGCAGAGAACUCCCAAGCGGAGGAGAAGAUUGAAGUAGAGACACGCUCUUUGUAGAUGUUCUGAAUUGCUGCCGCACCCUAAGGGGACCAAAAAACACAUUAUUUUGCACUUCACUUUUCUUUUUAAAGCAUUCGAGCAAAGGACCUUACAGCUUCACCUCAGCACACAGACACAACACUCUCCCAAACUCUCCUUUCCCUUUAUGACUGUUCUUUAUAGCAGACAGAUGGAUUAAACCUCCUCGUGUACACCUCGUAUUUGUAAAUACUGUGCAUAUCCACAUCCUAUUGGCACUUGUAAUCAAUUAGACCGAAAGCACAUUUUCACAGUUCAAAGUGCAUUUGAUUUCUGUGUUCGACUGCGUUCCAGACAGAUUCUGCUUUCCCCAAACCAAAUAGUCCACGAUUUGUGAAGGAUUCCACUGCAUCUUUCUGUAGAUAUUGCGGGGGUACUGCCUUAUUUAAGAAAUGAAUGAAUAUGUUGUCUUAGUGGAUGAAAUCCUCAUGUUUGGGUUAUGAAGGGAUACAAAAUUCUAUGUAGGCUCAGGAAAGAAUAUUUUUUUUUGUUUCGUUUUGGACGGUACUGUAGAUUCAAAAGCGUGCAUGCUACAGCUCUGAUGUUGGAUAUGUAUUUAAAUGUACUAGUACUUAAAGAACACACGUUCCUACACUAAAUGUUAUUUAUUCCACAGGGGUAUGAUUACUCUAGCAUUCAUAGACGUUUUCUUUGUUAGAAAAUGAUUCGGCAAGCUAAUUCUAAGCAGAAUGCACACUAAUAGGAAUGAUCUGGCAAGAAAAUUGAUUCCUCGUUUUUAUUUGUUUCAUAGCGGUGUCACUCGGUUGCAUGUAGAUGCAAACAAUAAGGUGAACAUUUGAACACAUCAGUGGCUGUCUUGUUUAAAAAUGCUGUGUAAUAGAAAAACAUUGGCGCAAUGAAAUCCUGCUGCCUCACAUGUGUACAUUCAAGGCAUUAUUUAAUGAAUAGAAGGAUGUGAUGUCAUUUUUCUAAAUUAAUUGUACGCAAAGAUGAAAGCUGUAUUUGCGUGUCUAUUAUUAAACCCAAAACUUAUGCAGUGGA